ACAAUCAUUCAGACGUUCUGAAUGCUGAAACAGUCUGAGCGCCUAGCUCGUGCACGUCGCUGUGAGCGGUAGUCCGUUGUCGCUGUGAGUCGCUCCUCUGCAGCUAGCUUGUGUGAUAGUCCGAUUUUCAACGCGAGUGAGAUUUUAUACGUUUAUUCUUAUCACAGUAGCGGCUUGUAGUGUCAGAUGAGGACGCAUCACCGGCGACGAGCACGUACUACUGUACUGGCAAGUCGGUUUUAAAAAUAAUGCGAGCCGUGGCCGGCAAGAGAUGGUGAUUGUAAUGUGGCGAUGGACCCAGCAGAAACAUUAGCCUGAUUCUGAGUGCCAUGAUGUCCUGAAGAUGAAACUUGUGAGGGAGAUAAAGUUUGACGGACGCAAGUGGCUGCAGCCCACCGAAUCGUGGUGCACGUCAGAGGCAGGGAAGUCACGGGCGGAUGCGCAGCUGGCAGCUAACGGUAGGAACAGGACGACAGCGAGCUGCUUUGCACGCUGCCCGCGAGCCUUCAACGCUAACACAUGCAAAGCCAGACGGAGCGCAACAAGGAGCAGGAGUAAAUCUGGCAGCACUGGAAACGGAGGCAGCAUCAGCUGCAUCAGUUCUGCCAAUAUUGGCAAUAAUAAUAUACCCAAUGUCACUGCUAUCUCCAGCAAUAACACCAGCACUCGCAGCAGCAGCAAUAACUCCAGCAGCAAUACAUGUAAUACCAGCAGUAGCAGCAACAACGGCAACAGUACAUGUUAUGGCAGCCUCGGCAGAACGAGCAGUAGCGCCAUCAGCACCAGGAACAGCAGCAGCGACGUCCACAGCAUCAGCAGAGACGUCAGCUACACUAGGAGAAGAUUGGCUAGUAUUUGCCGUAACCACAGCAACAGCGGCAAGUAUUCCGCUGCCAGUACCAGUGUCAGUAAUCAGUGUGGCUUGCUCAGGCCCGUGUGGGGUGCUGCGUGGACAGGUUUGCAAGCAGCACGCGCACAUCAGCCGUCUCGCGCAUGCCUGCGUGGUCGUGCAACACCUCAGGGCACCCGCUGUGCCGACAUACUGACACUGCUCGUGCUGGUGUUGCACGGUGUUGCGUGUGCACACGGUCAAGCACGUUCCGAUGAGCAGGCGAUAACGACGCCCACUGGCGACCCGUUCCCCAGACCGAUAAAUAGAUAUGGAGAGGAUCAUAUGUUUGGCAUCAUGCUGGGUCUGAUCGUGGCCGUAGGUCUGCUGGUGGUGAUCGGCGUCGCUCUCUUCGCCCAGUGCUGCACCGAUGACGGGCGGCGACGCGAGCGCCAGCGACGACGCUGGGCGGCCGCCGUCGCCAGGGGCAACGGAGACGACGCGGAGAUGCCGCCGCCGCCCGAGUUCCACCUGGUGUCGCCGCGCAUGAGGCGCCGCUUUCGUCGAGCGCUGGUGCGCUGGCGACGACGACGACGACAGCGACGUCACUGGUGGCUGCCAGUGUCCGCGGGGCACUCCUUGCACGGCGAGAAUGGAGCACCCGGUGGUGCCGCGGGUGUUGACGGUAAUGCCGAUGAUGACAACUGCGAUGACUCCAGCAGCAUGGGUUCUUCCUUGUCGUCCGAUAGCGAUCAUGACGGUGGUGACUCCGCUGCCAUGGCGAGCGCUUCGGCCGUUUCCGCGCACGACCGCCGGCUGCUUGGCAGCUCACGCAUCCGCUCGCCCGCCGCACCGGCCGUGCCACCAGCGUAUUCCAGUAUGCGUGUUGCUACUGCCUCUAGUGAUGUGUUGAACACUUCUGCAGCACUACAGGAAGAGACGAGCUUCAGCUCGCCGGCAAGUGUUUCUCUCGGUGUCGCUGCAACAGCGCGUGCGGACUUAAGAGAUAGUGAGCUUGUGCGUCACGAUGCCAGAGCAGAGGCGGCGCCCGAUCCCGCUGCACCCGGUGGUGGCCGCCUGGAUCGGUUUUUCGACGGUGACCUCGGCGAUGAUGGCGCUCGGUCCCAGCGCCGCUCGAGUGCGUCAUCCGACGCGGCACCCUCGGCCAGCGAUGUUGUCAGGAUUCAGAGAUCACUGGGUGCGUGCAGAACGACUCGAGAUAGCUAGCAUUGUACUGACGAGCGUGUUCUUUUCCGUUAACCUCAUUAGCCCAUUGCGCAAUGACGCAAUCUGUACCGCAAACACUCCACACAGCCACCUGGGCAGGGUCGUCUGGGGUGUUGAACAGUGCAUCCCUGAUCGCAGCCUUCUCACGUCAUGCAUUCAUUACUCAAUACUCAUGCAUUCCAUAUUUGGCAAUGUGCAUUGGGCUUAUUGCACCACAAGUCACAUGAUGUUGGCCAUAGUCCUUGAAGUUUUGUCACGUGACGUUGGUCAUAGUUCUUGGCAUAUUCGGUUGCACUUGAAAUCUAUCAGAUGACGUAUUUCACUUUCAUUCCACUCGGGCAGUUUGUCACGAAGUACAUGUAAUUCAAGACACAGUAAAUCCAUCAUCAUGACUUAAUUUGGACAAAUUGAAAUUCAUCACAAGUCAUGACAUAUUAAUUUAUCUCAAUAGUUCAUAUAAUUAUACCACAUGAAGAAAUCAUUAUGAUCAUGACGUAAUUCAUAGCACUUGAAAAUCAUGACGUGACGUACAUGUGAUUCGUUGCACUAGAACAUAUUCAUUCAGUUCUUGAUAUUGUGCUCUUGUAGCGUUAUACUGUCAACUACU